AAUAUUCUUUAACGCUUAAAUUUAAUGACAGAGUUUAUGUUAAUUAUAAGCUUCAAACAAUUGUUAGAUAUCAAGUCAUUAAACCAUUUAAUUCCUUAAUGACUCUUAAUUUUUCACCAAAUGGAAAUCGGCCUUUUUGGCUCGCACUUGAUCAAGUCGUUGACCCACAAAAUUUAGGUGCUAUUAUUAGUGCACCGUUAUCCGCGGUUACAACUAAAGCAAGUUCCGGUGCACUUGAAAUUAUGGAUGUGUAUAAUGUUGAUGAUUUAUCAAACUUUUUAAAUGAAUCAUCACAAAACGGUUGGAUGAUAUAUGGGGCAGUAUCAAAUGUUGAAAGCAAUAAUAUUUCUAUAAAGAGUGCUAUAUCUAUAGAUGAAUUAAAAAAUCCUUUGUCACAUAAUCCCAUAAUUUUAGCCAUUGGAAGCGAAGGUAUGGGUCUCCGCCCAAAUAUCUUGAAUGCCUGUCAUUAUCAUUUGUAUAUACCUUCAUCACACCCAAAUAAAUUAGAAUACAUUGACUCAUUGAAUGUUAAUGCUGCUACUGCAGUAUUAUUGCAGAGAUUUCUUGGAAACAAAUGCUAA